AUGUCCCGCCAAACCGACAUCCGUGGCUUCCUGCGGCCUGGCGGUGCAUCAGGCGAGGCAGAAGAGGAGCCCCAGCAGCACCACGAGGAGCAGCCGACAAGUAAGAUGGCAAUCUCGACAAAGACGUGCUGUGAAAUACACUGAUGUGUGAUGUGUGUUCGUGUGUGUGUCAGAUUUCAGCAGCCCGGAGGCCCAGGCCAUCGCCAAUGUGAUCGUCACACAGCGACAGCUGGUAAGAAUACCCAUACACGAAUGGCUCAGGCGUCCAUCGCCGCAUUUAUUUGUCUGUUGUGGUCAGGCUGCCCCGCCGCCCAACGCGUCGCUGUGCGGCUUCCCGCCCGAGGAGCUGGCCGGCGUGUGCGAGCAUCUGCCCGUCGAGCAGUCCUUCCGCCUGGCUCUCAUCAACAAGACCAUGCAGGACACGUGCCUUUCGCCGUUCGUCAUCCGCCAUCUGAUCAUCACCCCUCAGACACACCAGCUGUGGCGCAAGGCACCGUGCCCACACACCACAGAGCGGCCCUUGCAAGGGCCGUGCCCGCGGUGCCAGUGGGUGAAUCGGCUCCGCAGCCAGCUGACCCACCUGAAGAGGGCCAGCAUCGAUGUGGGUGACGACCUGCAUUACGACCACAACCGUGACGCCGACAUCUUGCAGCGUCUGCAAGAAGCGCAUCAGUUCCGCGGGGUGUACCUGAUGGUGCUGGAGGCGUCGGCUAUGUCGCUCGAGAAGUGCCAGCUAUUCGAGGUGGAGCCCGAGGACGCACAAGCCUGAGAUGGACCAUCGGGCACCUCCGCUGACGACCGUCCCUCCCCGCCAGCAGAGUGCGACAGAGUGGUCUUCGGCAAGCUGGAGGAGGUGGUGCUGGGCGGAGGCCUCUGGAAGGGCUACGCCUACUCAUUGCGGUGGUCCCUCCCUGCCCUCACGACAUUCGUCAGCACACUCCUGCGCCCCAACUACCUCAUGUGCUGGAUCCGCGCGUCCAGCCGCCUCGUCCACCUGCACGUGAAGCUCAUCAACAUCCACAACUUGAGGCGCGCCCUGUCGGUCGUCCCAUCGCUCAAGAACCUGACCUCGCUGGGGUGCGCCCUCACCCAGGGGACCGACGCACUGUCCUGGCAGCUGCUGCUGAGUGUGCUGGACGACAAGGGGGCCAUCGGCCGCAACGGCCGUAUCCACACACUCGGCGUGUGUGUGGAGGUGACGGUUCCUGUUGACGAGGAGGAGGCUGCGCUGGCGAACACGCUGGACAGCCUGCGAGCACUCGACACGGCCAUCCAUCUGCUGGCGGGUGUGGGCAUAUCGGCUGCCGACACUCAAGUGACGGCCAUCCCCAUCGCAUCGUGGGAGGACCAUAUCAUGACCAACGUGGUCAACCAGCCACACCACGGGAUCCAGUCGUCUUCGAGUGCUGCAGCUGUGUGCCAGCCGUCUGUGGGCGGCGGGAGGAGGGCGCCGCUCUUCCCCAACAUGGUGCCCACAGAUGACCAUGACGACGAUAACGCGAGUGGCGAGAUGGCCAAGAAGAAGCCCACACAGCGGCCGGUGAAGCUGCUCGUCUGGACGCCGUCUGCAUUCGACGACAGGCUGCUGCGUCUCGGCCUGACAGCCUCCGACGUGCUGCCCAAGAAGAUCGUCCGCGAGAUGGCCCGUGUGGCCAGGUCUAUGAAGGUCAAAACGGUGUCGGUCGCGGCACCGGCGGGCAGCUUCGGCGACUACGUGUUCGAGUCACUGACGGCACUGCACCUCUGGUCCUGGCCCACACUCACCCUGCCGCCGCUGCCGCCGCUGCCGCCGCUGCCGCCCCUGGCAUCUGCAGGCCCUGGUGUCCGUCCCAGUCGCUUCCCGCAGGUGACCAAGAUGGGCCUGGAGCUGCGGCUCUCUUCCAUGGCGGCGCUGGAGGCUUCGGGCAUCAAGCCCUUCCUGAGCGAGGUGGAGGGGCAGGUGGUCAACCUGUGUGUCAUCACGGAAGCGCCUCAGCACGAUGGCGACGGUGUGUCCGACGUGGAGGCAAGGAUCGGGACCGCUCGAGGCAUGGCAGAGGUCCUCAUCGAGUGCAUCCGGACGCUGGGCGUGUCGCAGCUGGAGCGACUUGCCUGGGAGCACGCCGCCAACAGCGAGCGCGAGAUUGCGUCGCUGCCGUCCGCAUGCUACCCCCAGCACCAGCUCUUCACCACCCCCGCUCUCGCCGCCCGCCUGCCGCUCAUCAAGCACCUGAGCAUCGGCAUGCCCUACUGCGUCCACGAGCGGUUUGGCGACGUGCGGCUGGACUUCAUGAUGGCUGUCAUCAAUAACACACCGGGCCUCAAGAAGGUCGAGUUCCGCGAGAGUGUGCAGAUGCCGGACAUGAUGCUGGAGGGCGAGCUGAGGCACUCGCCUGCGUAUCUCGCAUCUGCUGCCGUGGAUGAGGCGCUCGCGUCGGCCGGAUCGCCAUUUGUGGUGGUCAAGACGGACGACCGGACACUCACACUGGAGCGAUGA